GAGCAGCAGGGGAGUGGCAGGUUGUUCAAGAUCAUUGCAUGAGCAGCGGGGCCCAGAACGAUCACCAAGCUGCCGAGAAUAGGCGCCUUCGUGACGAAGUGAGAGAGCUACGUGAGGACCUGAGGAGGCUGACAUUGAGGGUGGACCAUCAAGGCGACCAGAUCAGCGAACUCAGUGCUUCAGUUGUCACCUCAGCUUCUACUAGCCAAAUCAGUGGGCCAGUUUUUGAAGCCGAGCCGAGCAGUAUCCCACCUGCUCCCACUGAGAGCGUUCGCAGUCAGCGACCUCCCAGAGUGCUUGGUUCAGCUGGUGGCUACACUUGGGCUGAGCGUGAAGCAGUAGCUCGAGACAUUGGUGCCUUUCUGCGCCGGAGUUUGGACGGUGCGAACCGUGGAGAGUCUGGCAGAGACAGGUUGAAGAACCUCCAGUCACGCGUCUACGUCGUUGUCCGUGACAAAGAAGAUCGAGUUCUCAACCCAGUGCGUUUGUGCAAGACCUUCAGUGAGGUUGCCAAUCCGCCUCUUCAAGAGUCUGGUGAAGGAUUGGACACCCUAGAGGGGGCACCUAUUGGCCCUCGCGAUUUUGUGCUUGCGCCUGAGGCUGGGCCGCUGGAGACUGACUAUCACGUUGGCCGGCUGACUCUUAGUGAAUCUGGCCUUGCUGCCGGUGUCAUUGCAAUUGCCAUUCUGGACGGUAAGCUGUUGAUAGCGCUUCCUGAAGCAGUUUGGAGCAGGACUCCCAAUAGGCGAUUGAUUCCUUCCAGAUCUCUUGGCAAGCCUGUCCUGAUUGCCGUUGCUGCUAGUCACUACGAAGAGCGUGACCAGCCCCUUUCAGGUGUGUACUGCAAAGUAUGGGUCGGCUUCGCCAGCAGGGAACUAGAGCAAGAGCUAGAUUUUGUCAGCGAGGAGGUGCUUUCAUACGACUUCAACCCAGAGGGCGAGAUGGACCUUCUUCCUUCAGCCGGAGGUUUGGUGGAAGUGGCGAGGGAGCAUUUUUCUUUUGUAACGGCAGAUUCUGCAGUUCCAGAAUGUCCGCCAGAGUCUCCUCGCAGGCAGGAAGACCGUUUGCAGUCGUUGGAAGCCAGUCUAGAGCAGAUCCAGCAGAGUCUUUCAGUUUUGAUGGGCCAUUUGCAGCCCGAGAAGAAGGAUUCAACAGCAGACAGGGUUCGUUCUCUGACAGCCACCCCAAAAGUGUCAGCUUCAGUGAAGAAAUCAAAGAGGGGCAGCCUAGACCAUGCCGAAGUGCCGGGCCUAGACAGAGAGGCGGUGCAAGCCGCCCUUGCAGCAGGAGUCCCUCUGAAGCAUCUUCAAGAAGUUGGCGCUGUUUUGAGUGGAAAGCCCAAGCGCCUGGACGAACUCCCUCGGAAGAAGCUCACAAGGCGAAAUCACAGUGGCCCCUUGAGCGAAAGCGAGGAGGAGAGCGAAGAGCUGGAGCCCGACCCCGUGCAAGGCGGAGAUGGUUCUCAAGUUGGCGGAGGGAAUGGCAAGCAGAUGGAACAGGCUGUGCUCCACCUUGCAUCCAUAGCAAAACACCUUGCAGCUCCGAAGGAGAAGAAAGACCGCAUCGAAACACUGCUGGACGGAGGAGGUGGUUUAGCGCAGACUUCAGAAAGCAGCUCGAGUCAAGGGAGUCGGAAGAAUUCUGUGGCAAUGCGGGCUUUGCAACGGUGUUUGGUGGAGGACCCAAAGUACAUCUAUCAGGCCUUGGAAGCCAACCUGCAGAGCGAUUUUUCAGCCAGACCGAUUCAACCUGGGGAACCUAUGAGCAGUGGGACCACUGUAAGAGGCUGGUUAGCCGCGAGAUCCCGGGUUCAAAACUAUACAAAUCAUGUGAGAUGGUGCUGGCAAACUGCAGGGAUUUGGGACGCUCUCAUUGCCGGCCGCCACGACGAAGCUCGUGCGCGGUGCGGCCUCCUCUUGGCUUCAGCCGAACAGGCUUCGAUCGAUGGCGGAAGCUGGAUCGUUUCGAAUGUGGCCUUAUUGGAGCAACCACCGCCGUAUCAGGCUUUUGCCAGCCACCAGGCGCCAACGAGUGCCGAACUCCAGCACUCGACCUUGUUCGAUCCGAGAUGGGCGGAGAUCUUCUUGGGCCAUCUGAAGGAGGUGGACAGCUUUGUGGAAGCAAAGAAGAAGCUGGGAAAUUCCAAGACUCCCAGCAAAGACUCCAGCGAAGAUGGAACGAGGAGGAACCCCCAUGCGAAGCCCAAAGCGAAAGCCAAAGGCGAGAAGGAGGAGAAGAACAAGAAAGGCCCAGCCACUCCGGAAGGGGGGGUCCCAGGAGCCUCAGCUUCGACCUACAGUGGGUCCAGCAUUUUUCAGAGCCUCCUUCGCCACCUGCUGAGUUCGAAGAGCCGACUUGGCGGUUUUGCACGUAGUUUUGUCACCUGGCAUUUAGCCCAUCGAAUUUCUGAUGGUACAGCUUCCUUUGAGCUCUUCCCCUUGCCUUGCCCGUAUCCCGAAGUGUUUUGGCGAAAAUCUGCAGAGGAGGACAAGAGGUUAUCUCUUAAGAAAGGUGUGGUCGCAGCCAUCAUCAUUCUGAAUUAUCUCCACUACAACAGACCCAAAGCUUGGGAUGAUGGGAUGAAGACAAAACGGCAGCUUACAAAGAAGCAGUGGGAAGCUGUCAGACGGCUUGAGUUCUUUAUGGAGGCUUGGACCGAAUUCAAUUUAGUCACACCUGAAGUGAUGGGGAGGACAGCUGGUAAAGUAGAAUCUUUGGAAGGCGUACUCUCUGAGCUGGAAAGGUGUGCAGCUCCUUUAGCGAAGUCUGGAGGGGGCUAUUUCAAUGCCACAAGCGUCCAGAGGAAUGUGCCUCUUGUUUCAGGUACUUCACAAGGUCCAGAGCUUAGCAACAGUGGUAUGACCACGUUCAAGGAGGUGGCUGCAGACAGGCUCACUUUUGUGGGUCGACCCAGUUUUGAUCCGACACCAUUUUUGGAUCCUCUCAGCAAAAAGAUCUUCAAUGACCCAAUGAGCUGUCGGCUUGACCCUAGUGAGUGCAAAGUGAAGCAACCUCGUCUUCGAGUCCAUUGUAGCCGGCAGGAAAAGAUUAAACUGUUUGAGCUGCUGGACGCGAGCGAUCGGCUUAGGAUUCAUCUCCCCUCUGAAGUCACACCUUCUUUUGGCUCUGGUUUGUUUUCGGUAACGAAAGAUCUGGCCCGUGACCGCCUCAUCUUAGAUUCCCGAGGGGCGAAUUUGCUGGAGAGUCCCCCCCAACGUUGGAUCAAGAGCUUAGCAUCAGCCGAAAGUUUGACUCGACUUGUGUUGGAGGAGGACGAGGACUUAGUGUGCUCUGGCAAUGAUUUGCGAGAUUUCUAUUACUUAUUUCAAGCCAGCAGUUCGAGGUCAAGAAGGAAUGUUUUAGUUGGUGCGAUGAAUCCCAAAGAGCUCCAGCACUUGCAUGCCCUGAAGCAGGAGCACUUGUCCAGCCCAGUGGUUUUUGGUGCGCUGGGCACUUUGGCAAUGGGAGAUUGCCAGGCUGUCGAGCUGGCCCAGAGUUGUCAUUUGGGCCUCGGUCUCCAGCGUGACAUCAUCACUGCAGACAACCUUUGCACCAUGUAUAAGCCGCUGCCACGUGAGCGAACUAUGUGUGGUCUUGUCAUAGAUGAUUUUAUCACCAUGAGCAAGGUCUGUAACCGCCACAGCGCUGGGGGGUGGAGUGAUGGUGCGAAGCUUGCUGAAAAGAUGCAGGACGUUUAUGAAGAGGUCAAGCUCAUCCCCAACAAAGCAAAAGGUUUUAGAGAUGAACUUUGCAGCAGCUUUUGGGGGGUGGAUUUGGAUGGCAAAAGGGCCCUGCUACGAGGCUCCUUGAAGCGGGCGAUCCCCCUUGCUGGCCUCAUCCUCAAGCUAGUCUCAGUUGGGCACGCUACAGCGGAUCUCAUGCAGAUCAUUGUGGGGUCAAUUAUUUCUCUGUUCCUUUACAGAAGACGGCUGCUCUCUCUUUUGGACUCGUUGUUCAAGUGCUGCAGGCGUGCUGAUGGAAAGGAGGUUUUCAAGUUGGAUGGGAGAACUACCAGCGAUUUGCUGAUUUUAGCUGUACUCCUUCCGCUGGCCGUCACGAAUUUGAGGGCACAGUGCCCUGUAGUAGUGGCUGCUACAGAUGCUUCCAAUUGGGGUGAGGCUGCAGUUUUUGCAAGAGUACCGUUGGGGGUUGGGAAAGAACUGAUCAGACACUCUUUGCGCAAGUCAGUUUGGUCAAAACUUUUAGCACCCAGUUCUGCGCUCUUGCGAAGCCAUGGCAUGCUGCCGGAGAGUGAAGAGCUCCCCGAGCCUACUGACUGUUUCCAGUCCAAUGCCCUGUGGUCCAUGCUCGCCCAACGACUUAACUACAAAUUGCUGUUUGCAAAACAGAAGAGUGGACUCCGCCACAUCAAUGUCGGUGAACUCCGAGCAGGGCUUAAAACCGAGAAGAUCUUGGGACACCGGCGGCCUUCCAGCCGGGUCCUGCUUGGAAUGGACUCACAGGUGGCACUAGGAUCCUUGGUCAAAGGAAGAUCCUCCUCGGCAGCUUUGAAUGCUGAGCUGGCGCGUUCUAUCCCUCUGAUGCUUUUGCAAGACACCUAUUUUGAGGGCAUGUACUUCAACACAGCUGAGAACAGAGCAGAUCAGCCCACAAGGGGAAAAGAGAUCGAACCCCCUGUAGCGCCACUCCCUGAAUGGUGGGACUCCUUAGCUCGUGAAGAAUACCAGAGCUUUGACCGGUGGCUUUUUGAGCAGGGACUUGACGCCGAGACCUUGUCGGGCCUCCCUCCGCUGGAUGAACUUUGUGGCAACGUUUCACCUCAAGGCAUUUUGCCUAAGUAUUUGCGGAAUGAACUUUUAUGCAGCAGCAGUCAAGAAGAUGAAAGAAGCCUACGAGGUGGGGACCUGGGUUUGCCGAGCUCUUCAUCGUCGGCGCAGCCGCUGCGGCGGACUGCGAAUUACGGUCGGCCCAGCCCUCACCUCGAUGCUUCUAAUGAGAGUUUUUGUUCUCAGCCUCCAGCCUCACCUGAGCCAUCUGCUCCAGAGGCGACUGGCCUUGAUCCUAGGAGCCAUGAGGUUCAACAUGCUCCAAAAGUUCAGGAAAAGAAACGGUCUCUGCGGGUGCUGCCGCCUCGACUUAGCAGCGAGGCGAUCGCAGCCCUUUCCACUUUCCCUCGAGAUCAGUUUGAGCUAGGGAAUGGGGUCCAAUGGCCUCCGCAACAUGCCGGUUUCCUUGAUUUAUUUUCUGGAAAGCGAGGUGUGGCAAAGCAACUUUCAAAGCUCAGCAGCUCCUGGAGCCUUUGUUUUGAUUUAGCCGAUAGCCCUUCGCAAGAUCUGAGUGAUCCAAAGCUGCGUAGCCGCAUUGAAGAGCUGAUCAGGUUGGGUUGCUUUUUAGGGAUUGGCGGAGGACCUGUGUGUGCUUCUUUUUCAAUGGCAGUGAGACCAGCAGUCCGUAGCGCUUCUCAUCCCUAUGGCGUUCCAGAUAUGAGCGAUAAGAUGAGGCCCAAGGUUUUAGCAGGAAAUGACAUGGCGCUUUGGGUCUUCAAACUUCUGGACUUAGCGCUGGGACUUCAGCUUGCUGUUUGGCUUGAAAACCCUAAUGCAUCCUGGAUGUUUCGCCUUCCUGCCUGGCUCAAGCUACUCGAGAAGUGGAAAGCAGAACUAGGACACUGGACAGUGGAUUACUGCCGUUUCAAAACGCCCUGGAGAAAGAGGACAAAAGUUUUUUCGAAUACUCUGCUGCGUGGUCAUCGGACUUUGUGUGCUGGCGGGCAUGAACAUCAGCUACUGAAGGGGUACUCCAAAAAGUUUAGGAAGUCCUGGACAAAGGUCGCAGAGCCCUACCCUGAUGGAGUUGCAAAUGCGGUGGCGAUCGCCUUGGCGAUGUUUGCUGAUUUAGUGGACAGCUCUGGUGUUUUUGACCCCGCUAACUGCUCUCGCACUGGUCACAUGCGAAUUGGCGAGGCGAAGAAUCCAGGACCCCGACCUCCCAGGACUCAGGGUCGUGUAGGACUGUUAGAAGCUGUUCCUUUAGUUGAGCCACGAACUCUUGCACUUCAAAGUAAGAUCUGGGAAGGGUUUCUAGGGUGGUUAGCUUUGUCACUGAGCCCCGGCGCGAUAGACUCAGCCAUGGCGCAGCCUCACCUGUUGGUUUUACUGGCGAAACAGUAUGGAAAUUUUCUAUAUUCCUCUGGCAAGUCCCUCUUUGUGUACCGCCAUUUUCUGGUUUUCUUGCAACAAAGCUUUGUGACCGUAAAGCCCUACAUGAGCGAUUGCUGGGGGUUGGUCACUAGAUGGGAAGUCAUGGAACCAACCGUGCACCGAGUGCCGUUGCCCUGGGCGAUUUACAGAGCCAUGCUGACCAUUUCCAUUGGGUGGGGCUGGUUUCGCUUUGCUGCCAUGCUCCUUCUUGCAUUCUUAGGUAUUUCUAGGCCUGGUGAACCUUUAGCAGCUUUUCGGAGCGAAUUGGUGUUGCCGAAAGAUAUGCUGGAUGAGACUCAGCAAGUUGCCUAUCUCAAGAUCCUUAAGCCGAAGACGAGACGGCGAGGGAAAGGGGUGGUUCAACAUAUUUCGGUACAAGACCCUGAAGCCAUUUCUUUUCUGGAUAAGCUGUAUGGAGGUCGGCCAAAGACCGAGCGCUUGUUUGAAUGCUCGCCCAGUGCCUUUCGGCGACGCUGGGACUCCAUCCUUCGCGCUCUGUCAGUGCCUAAGAGUGCAGGAUUGACGCCAGGCGGUGUCAGAGGGGGCGGCUGUGUGUACGCUUUUCAAACUGGAACUGAUCUCCCGCGAUUACUUUGGAAGAUGCGUAUCAAGCACCUGCAGACCCUAGAAAGUUACCUACAGGAAUGUGCCGCUUCAACAGUAGUUUGUGAACUGCCAGCCGAAGCCCGAGAAAGAAUCCGCUCGGCAUCCUUGCUAGCUCCUUUUCUUCUAGCUGGAAGCCUAAAGACCUGA